GUGCACGGACUGGGCGUGGCCUCUUGCAUCCUCUCCCAGUUAAAAUGCGGAAGUGAGACACUGACAAUCUUAUACACACCCGAGGAGAGAAAACUAAGGUUUCCUUCUGAAGUGCUUGACCUAUCGGGUCAAAAAGAAUAUCACCAUGUGGCCAAAUCAAGGACCUCCCGCUCCAAUGGGCCCACCAAACCCUGCCUUCCCUCCUGGCUACAACCCGGCCUUCCCUGUUGGACCUUCUGGAGGGCUCUUCCCCCAGGCUCCUAACCAAGCGUUCCCACCACACCAAUACCCAGCUGGUAAUACCCAUGGUCUGGUCCCAAAUGCACCUUAUGGAGCCCCAGGACCUUAUCCUAUGGCUCCAGGUGGAUAUCCAGGGUGCCCUCCUGCAGGUGGUCACCCAGGUCCAUACCCAGGUGGUCACCCAGGUCCGUACCCACACUCUCCUAAAGCGGGCCACAACAAAGGCUGUGACAAAGGCCACCACAAAGGCCAUGACAAAGGCCACCACAAAGGCCAUGACAAAGGCCAUCACAAAGAUCAUCAUGGAGGGAUGAAUCCCAUGGCUGGAGCAUAUCCUGGAGGAAUGGGAAUGGGAAUGGGAAUGGGAAUGGCUGGUGACAAAUGCCACAAAAAGGGGAAGAAGAUGAAGAAAGCAAAGAAAGGGGACAAGCAUGGGCACAAAAAACACGGCAAGUCCUCCUCCAGCAGCAGCAGCAGCAGUAGCAGCAGCAGCAGUGACUAAGACUGCGGCGAAACAUCUUCCGCAGAAAUGCUGCUUCUCAAACGGAUGACCUAAAACUUAAUCAUACACACACACAAGUCAUUCAACUUUUAUCAGGAUUUCUGUGAAGUAUUUACUAUUUCAUCAUAUCUAGUAUGGGGUAUUUAUAUGUAUGUAUGUAUACAUAUGGUGUAAACAUCUCCACAGCAUCUGUCUGUAUGGAUGUUUUGUCAUAAAUCUAACCCUUACCCCUUUCCUUUUUUGUGGUGUUCAUGCUAAACAUUCUGUAGUUACAGUAAAAACACUUAAAUACUACUUUGCCAACAUAUAAAAGUAUUCUGACGAGAGAUUGUAUCAUUGUUAACGCUAACCAAGUGUACAUAGGUGACUGGACUCGAAUUAUGUAAGAAAUGUGAACCCAGAAGUUUGUCUAAGAAGUUCUGUCACCUAUGUACACAUAUAACUCCUGAGGAUAACAUUCCCUGGAUAACUGAGAAUCCUCUCAUAUAUAUUAAUGUGCACAAAUCUUUCUUUAUUUACAGUCUAACGUUUUGGUUCUUGGAGAAAAUAUAACACUGUGAUUAAGUUAACACAAGUUCCUUUCUUCUGGAAGAUUAACCUAUAGAGGUGACACACACAUUUGAUUGUCCUUAUCUAACUGCCUGAUUUUGUUCUUUGUGAUUUUAUCUCUACUACUGUGAAUGACGGCAGAAAAUAAACCUUUGUAUCGCGAUUGUAAUCUCACAUAAAGAGCCUUGAUAUAAUUCUGCCAAAUAAACAGAUGGAAGUAAAA